CUAAGACACGAUGGACCCUCACUUUGACGUAAUCGAACGCAACAUGCUUCCCCACCCUCCAGCUCUUGUAUGGCGCGUCGGUCACAGUGGGAACCGAGAUGCCCUUGUACGCGCUCGCAUGGCAAACGCGUGUUUAGAAACGGACAACGAUUUCCAGCGUGCCAAGAGCCAGCAUGUCGACUGGUGCAACCGCGAUUGGACUCCGUUUCUAUCGGUCUUUUCGAGCAAGGUGCAAGCCGAGCUGUGGGGGAGACAACUGCUUGACAAAGGUGACGUGUGGAUCUAUCCAGUCGACACGAAUGGACUCGCUGUUUUCCCCACAAACACGGGUGAUCUCUUGAUCUUGGGUGAAAUCCCAAAAACCAACAUCGGUGAAGGAGAGCAAGUGCGAGAAGUCCUGGACGAUGAGUUGUGUAUUGAAGAUAUACCUGGUCAAGAAGGGCUGGUGCACAAUGAACGUACUGGUCUCAACUACGAAGUUGGUGAUGAAGCCGCCGAGGAAGAAGACGAAGACUGGGUCGACUUCGCCGAGUACCAGAUGGAUC